AUGGAGACUAAAAGCAUUAGUCAAGCCACUUCCUCAAAGUUCGGCCCCGGCGUCGACUUCUCGGCACUGCCGGAAGGUUGCAUAGCCGGUAUUCUGGCAUGGACAAGUCCUCGCGACGCCUGCAGGAUGUCAGUGGUCUCGCCUGAGUUCCUGUCGGCGGCGCAGUCCGACGCUUUGUGGCAAACGUUUCUACCAGACGAUUAUCAGGAGAUCAUCGGCGGAUCUUUGGAGUCUUCGGCUCGGCUGGAUUUCUCCUCCAAGAAGGAGCUCUUCUUCCGACUCUGCAAUUCUCCUCUCUUGAUCGACGGGGGUAAAAAGAGUUUUUGGUUGGACAAAGAAAGCGGGAAGAAAUGUUACAUGUUAGCUGGAAGGGAGCUAACGAUUAUAUGGAGUAGCACUCCAAUGUAUUGGACAUGGGAUUCUCUACCACAGUCUCGAUUUAGCGAGGUGGCGAAUCUAAAACUUGUGUGGUGGCUUGAAAUCAACGGAAAGAUGAAUACUUGCAUCUUGUCGCCAAGGACAAACUAUGUGGUCUAUCUUGUAUUCCAAAGGAAUGACAGAUUUCAUGGAUUUGAAAGCAAUCCUAUAGAGGCAUCAGUUGGAAUUGUUGGUGGCGAAACUACUAAACAAGUAAUUUACUUGGAUCCGGAACAUGAUACCAACCCCAACUCGGCUCGAUUAGAUGGGUGGUACGAAGUUGAAUUAGGUGAAUUCUACAAUGAAGGAAGAGAAGGUGAGGAACUCGAGAUGAGUAUUAUGGAGGUGAAAACAGGCAAUGCCAAGUAUGGGCUCUUGAUUGAAGGGAUUGAGAUCAGGCCUAAAUUUUGUUCUUAAUCAAAUAUUCCAUCAUUUUAUGAUCAUAUUUUGAUAAAAAUAUUCCCAUUUUUUAAAAAAAAAUAACAAUUUUUCUAUAACUACAUGUAAUUACUUGAAAUAGU